AUGGCGGCGCCUUGGGACAAAGCUCCUCCCGAGGACCAAUGGUUCGUCUUGGUCACCGGGGCCAAUAGUGGUGUAGGUCUCGGCAUCGGCCAGCGCCUGAUCGAUGAUUUCCUCGCCCAGCGCUCCGCCUCCUCCCACCUGAUCCUCAUAAUCACGACUCGAAGCUCCAGGAAAUCACAAGAGACGGUCUAUUCACUCAGGAAACAUGCAAAGAGGACAGUCGAGUCAUCCACGGUCCUCAGGUCAAGGAUAGGCCCCUCGUACCGGCCCGCCGAUGCGCUGCGGCGCAUCCACAUCCUCAGCAUCCAGCUCGACCUCUGCACCCUACCCUCUGUGUACAAGGCUGCCGACCAGCUCAUCAACGGAGCCCUGAGCAGCCCCAGCGACGACCCUGCGUUCGAGCCCCUCGACAGCGUACGGAUACCACGGCUUGACUCGGCCAUCUUCAACGCCGGCAUGGGAGGCUGGACCGGCCUCAACUGGCUCCUGGUCUUCAAGUGCAUCCUCACCACCGGCCUCAUCCAGUCCUUCACGUACCCUACCUUCAAGGACUCCACCGGCGGCCUGCUCGUGGACCCUCUCGACGGCAAGCCGACCACCCUAGCCAAGGCCAAGUCCAGCGACCGCCUCAUGGGCGAGGUCUUUUGCGCCAACGUCUUUGGCCACUACAUCUUCGGCCACGAGCUCCUGCCUCUGCUGGGCCGCACCGCAGACAGCAAGCUGCCUCCCGGUCGCAUCAUCUGGGAGAGCAGCGUCGAGGCCUUCUCCUGGGACAACCACUCCCUCGACGACUUCCAGGGCCUGCGCACCAUCGCCGCCUACGAGAGCACCAAGCGCCUCACCGACGUGCUCGCCCUGACCGCGGACCUCCCCGGCGUCCGCCCUUACUCGGCCCCUUACUUCCGCUGCUCCGACUCCGACUCUGGCAACAAGAACAAGAACAAGGACAAGAACGAGAAGAUCGAGAUCGCCGUGCCGCCGCGCCACUACCUCGCCCACCCGGGCGUCGUCGUCACCACCAUGUUCCCGCUCAACGUCUUCCUCUUCUACGCCUACAAGCUGGCCAUGUACAUCGCCCGCUGGCUCGGCUCCCCCUGGCACACGGUGCGCGCCUACACGGGCGCCGCGGCCCCCGUCUGGCUCGCCCUGCAGCCGCAGCCCUUCCUCGACGCCGUGCGCGCCGAGAGGGCCAAGUGGGGGUCCGGGGCGUCGCGCUGGGCGGGGGCGAGCCUGGUCAAGAAGUCCGAGGUCGAAGGGUGGGGGUGGGAAGGCGCCGUCGUCGCCGAGGGGGCGCUCGAGCGCGACGACGGGGAGGAGGAGGAGGAGGAGGAGACGGGCCUGAUGAGGAAGCGGGUCGGGCGCAAGAGCGGCGCGGCCGACACGACGCGGGAGAGGCUCGAGGAGUUUGAGGCGCUCGGCGCGCAGUGCUGGAGGGAGAUGGAGCGCCUGCGCGGCGACUGGGAGGAGCGGCUCGGCGCGCAUCGCGAGGGCUCUUGA